AUGGCGAGAAAUGCCACUGCUCUAAGAAGGGCCUUUACUUGCAUCGUGUCCAGUCUGCGAGCGAGUAAAAAAAUACAAUUGGUGUGUGACCUGCAUCUUUUGGACUGUAUUGUGUACCGUACUUGUACGGUACCAAGGGUACUGUACAAGUUCAAAAAAAAUAACAAAUCGCUACACCUCUCACAUGAGCCUCAGGCGGAUUUGCCGUUGCAUCGCUUCCGGUUUGAGAGUUGUAGCUCCAAAGCGUACUACAGUGUGUCGGCAAGGCCGUAG